UCACAAGACGCUGAUGAUACAGAUUGUAUUUGAGCGCAGGUGUUCCUCAAUUCUCAUGUCAUUAUUAACUUGCAGGAGGCAUUACGUGAUAGCAGCCUGUAUACUUUAAAAAUCCACCCAAACCCUGGUUUUCAUAUAUCUGACUUAGUAGAAGACAUGGCUUUUGUAAAAUUACCACUUAUUUCUUUCGCCCUACUAUUACUUAUUUCGCUGUCCAGAAGUAAAUACGAGCCUACCUGGGAAUCUAUCGACUCCCGACCUUUGCCAGUAUGGUAUGACCAGGCGAAGUUCGGCAUCUUCAUACACUGGGGAGUGUUUUCUGUGCCCAGCUUUGGAAGCGAGUGGUUCUGGUGGUACUGGCAGAAGCAGAAGAUAAAGCCUUAUGUUGAUUUCAUGCAGAAGAACUAUCCUCCUGGCUUUAAGUAUCAGGACUUUGCCCCAAUGUUUACAGCAGAAUUUUUUGAUGCCAAAGAGUGGACCGACAUCCUUUCCUCAUCCGGAGCAAAGUAUAUUGUCCUCACCACGAAACACCAUGAAGGCUUCACUAUGUGGGGUUCUAAGAAUUCCUGGAACUGGAACGCAGUGGACGUGGGUCCUAAACGUGACCUAGUCGGAGAAGUGGCUGGAGCAAUCCGAGCCAAUAGCGACCUGCGCCUGGGCCUUUACCACUCUCUGUUUGAGUGGUUUAAUCCACUGUUUGAGCAGGACGCUGCUAACGUUUUCACGACUAACUACUUCCCCACGACUAAGUCCCUUCCUGAGCUCUAUGAGCUAAUCAACAAGUACAAACCAGAGCUGCUGUGGUCUGAUGGAGACGGGGAUGCUCCUGAUAAAUACUGGAACAGCACCGGAUUCCUGGCCUGGCUGUACAACGAUAGUCCAGUACGAGAGACUGUAGUGACGAAUGAUCGUUGGGGCUACGGCAGCAUCUGUAACCAUGGAGGCUACUACACCUGCGAUGAUCGCUACCAGCCCGGACACCUGUUGAAACACAAAUGGGAGAACUGCUUUUCAAUAGACAAAGCUUCCUGGGGUUACAGGAGAAAUGCCCAGCUUAAAGACUACUUUGCCAUUGAGCAGCUUGUAGCGACCUUGGUGGAGACUGUGUCCUGUGGAGGGAACCUUCUGUUGAACAUCGGACCAACCCCCGACGGGCGAAUCUCCCCUAUCUUCGAGGAGCGCUUGAGGCAGAUGGGUCAGUGGCUGGGGAUCAAUGGAGAGGCCAUCUACAACACCACAGCAUGGAGGGCCCAGAAUGACAGUGCCACACCUGGUGUCUGGUACACAGCCAAACCACAGGACAAGAGCAUCUAUGCAAUUUUUCUGUCCUGGCCACAGAGUGGAUAUGUCGUGUUGACUGAUCCUGUUGGUUCUAAAGGAGUAACUCAGGUAGUGCUGCUUGGCCACAAGCCACUGGACUGGGAGCUGGUGAAGCCUGGUGGUAUGAAGGUUUUCCUACCUGACCUCUCCUACAUUCAGACACCAUGUAAGUGGGCCUGGACACUACGGCUGACGGGUGCCUCAUAAGGGAGAACAAUGAGGGGAAUGCUAGGUGGUGUUUGUCAGGUACACUGUAGCAAAAAGAUUUGUUCCUCAACGUCAUAGAUCGUAGGCCGCAGUUUCCACAUUGUCUCCAGGCGAGUGACUUGUAGUAAUGAGGACCCAUAUCAUACGUUGUUGGGUGCCAGGUACAUCCAGAAUUAUGUGAAGAAAUGAUUGCUGUUUUUUAUUCUCAUUCAGAGUUAUUUUUUUGUGGGUGGGGAGUUUUUAGGCUACUCUAGAUUGUUUAUGAUAACAAAAUCGAUUUUGAUAUCUGUUAAGAAGGGUAAUGAAAUUCAUUUUAAAUUACUUGAAAAAAAUGUACUGUAUGGGUUUUGGUAUACUUCAUAUAAUACUUUUGCCCUACUUUGAUACUGUAAUUCCUAUAUAUAUAUUUUUAUGUGAAUUUCAAAAUGAAUUAAUCAGAACGUUUGUAUUUGAUUUUAAGUUGUUUGUAUUGUGAUUUACUUCCAUAGCCGCUUUAUUGCUAAUGUUAACCAAUAUUACAUCUGGAUUGUGAAAAGUAAAGAUGUGAAUAUGUUUUUGAUUUUGCACAUUUGUACAUCAAUAAAAUGACUGCAAAUUGUA